AUGGGCUGUGCGGCGUCCUCGAACGCUGCGACGACCGAGGAUGCUGUGCCAAAGGCCGUCCCGGCCGUGCUACCGGAACUUACGACGCGCUCGCUCGCCGUCUGCACGACACUCGAUACGCUCGAAAAGGAGCUCGAUGAGAUGCAGGCGACGCUGAAUCGCGCUGACGAGGCGCUCGCUAACGAGGCGCCACCUAUUGCGCUCCGCUCGACGCUCGCCUCUCUGCACGGCUCUGCCACGGCUCUGCUCGCAACCCGUUUGGACGCGCUGCACACGGCCGAUCUAACGAGUGGCCGUGACGAGGCGCGCGCCAAGCGCAAGGCCCUCGUCGCGGCGGCCGAGAGGGUGAUCGAGAGGGCCGAGGCUCAGAUUCGUGAGGGACCACGACCGAAGCGGUACGAGCUGCAGCUGGCGAGAUCGAGCGAGAGCUGA